AUGACUGUGACGCAUCGCGAGCGUCAGAGCUCGCAUGGUGUGAACCGGAUUGCGUCCUUGUCGCGCCACAAUAGCUUCCUGGCCGCGGGUCCGCCCCGCUUCUCGGAAGCGUCGUCCGGUCGUCUCUCUCGGCAAGAAGCCAUGCGGAGGCGGACGUCGGAGCUGCUUCAGAGUCGCCAGAGCAUGACGGCCAAGUAA